GAGGACAGAGAAAAGAGAGAGUGGGGGCAGCACUCCUCUCCACUCUCCCUCCCACCGUUGGGAGAGCCAGUCUAAAUCAUGUUGCUUAUCAGUGCUGCUGUGCUGUGAUGUUGCUCAGGCAGAGCCCGGUGCAGAGCAGGCAGCCUCGCGGACCGGCAGUCACACCCAGGAUCAGCCCAGACGCCUCAGCGCUGGAGACCCUCUCCCCCCAACGACUCUCACCACCGCCGCGUGCCCCCCUCAGUGACAUGUACCCCGAGGAGAACCGGGGGCCUGUCGGGGUAGCCACCGUGGACUUUCUAGAAGGGGUGUACGACUACGCAGCCUCUGCCUCCACCCCGACCCUCUACAGCCACUCCACCAAUGGCUUCUACUCUGGUUCCCUGGAUGCCCACAGACCUCCGUCAAAUGGCAGCCUUCAGUCCCUGGGAAAUGGGCCUACCAGUCCUCUUGUGUUUGUGCCCUCUAGCCCCCAGCUCAGCCCCUUUACGCACCCACCCAGCCACCCCGGGGUGCCAAGCCAGCCCUACUAUCUGGAGACCACCUCAACACCCAUGUACAGCGUGCCGUCCAGUCAACAGCCAGUAUCCAGGGAGGAAGUGUGCGGCACCGCUGAUGAGUCGUUCGGCCCGGUGGGGUCAGGGGUCAGGGCCGCGGUGUCUGAGAUGGCCAAAGAGACUCGCUUCUGUGCCGUGUGCAGCGACUACGCCUCCGGGUACCACUACGGCGUGUGGUCCUGCGAGGGCUGCAAGGCCUUCUUCAAGAGGAGCAUUCAGGGUCACAAUGACUACAUGUGCCCGGCGACCAAUCAGUGUACUAUUGACAGGAAUCGGAGGAAGAGCUGCCAGGCAUGCCGCCUUAGGAAGUGUUACGAAGUGGGAAUGAUGAAAGGAGGUAUGCGUAAGGACCGUGGGAGUCGUGUUUUGCGCCGUGAAAAACGACGCAACGGCACCACUGACAAAGACAAGGCCUUCAGGGAGCUGGAGCACAGAGCAGCGCCCCCUCAGGGUGGGAGGAAACAAGGCUGCAGCAGCACCGCAGGAGGAGGAGGAGUUGGAGGAAAAGCACCCAGAAUUUACAUGCCUCCGGACCAGGUGCUCCUCCUGUUGCAGGGAGCUGAGCCUCCGUUCUUGUCCUCCCGCCAGGAGCUGAGCCGCCCCUACACUGAGGUGACCAUGAUGACCCUGCUCACCAGCAUGGCCGACAAGGAGCUGGUCCACAUGAUCGCCUGGGCCAAGAAGGUGCCAGGCUUCCUUGAUCUGUCCCUGCAUGACCAGGUGCAGCUGCUGGAGAGCUCUUGGCUGGAGGUGCUGAUGAUCGGCCUCAUCUGGAGGUCCAUCCACGUUCCCGGCAAACUCAUCUUUGCACAGGACCUCAUACUGGACAGGAAUGAAGGGAACUGUGUGGAGGGCAUGCCUGAGAUCUUUGACAUGCUGCUGGCCACCGUCUCCCGCUUCCGCAUGCUCAAACUCAAGCCUGAGGAGUUUGUCUGCCUCAAAGCCAUCACCCUGCUCAACUCUGGCGCCUUCUCUUUCUGCACUGGCUCAAUGGAGCCGCUUCACAACAGCCCGGCCGUGCAAAACAUGCUGGACAUCAUCACCGACGCGCUCAUACAUCACAUCGGCCAAUCAGGAUGCUCGGUUCAGCAGCAGUCGAGACGGCAAGCCCAGCUGCUCCUGCUGCUCUCCCACAUCAGGCACAUGAGCAACAAAGGCAUGGAGCACUUGUACAGCAUGAAGUGCAAGAACAAAGUGCCUCUGUACGACCUGCUGCUGGAGAUGCUGGAUGCUCACCAGAUCCACCACAAAGUCAAAGCCACCCAGCCAAGGGCCAAGGCUGAGAAAGAGCCUCCCUCCACCAGCAGCAGCAGCAGCAGCAGCAGCAGCUUAACCUCAGCGGGCUCCAGUCCGGGAGGCCAAGACAGCCACAAGAGCCAGAGCAGAGCCUCCGGUCCUGGGGUCCUCCAGUACGGCCCGUCCUGCUCCGACAGCAGCCACGUCCUGUGAGCCGGAGCACGAGCCAAGACCUGUAGAUAGCACAAAUGUGAAAAGUCAUUCUGAUGAAGGGAAUGUAAUACAAAAUCAGAGGGCGCUGGAGGAGCUGGAAGUUGUAUUUGAAUUCAUUUUAUGGGAUGAUUAUUUAUAAAUUAAGUGAUUUUAUAGUUGUAGUUAUUUGGGUAGAAAUCCGUUCAGCAACAGCAAGUUAUUCUUUUGCACUGCCCUAAUGAGCUUGACUGCAGUUAUUUCACUAUGCUGCCUUUCAUAAAUGAGAUUUGUGAUUUCAAGUCAGUUUCUAAUGGCUUUACAAUACAGCUUACUCUUUCCAAAACAGCCAGUGCUAAGGCAUAUCGUGGCAUACUGUCAGCUACAGUGAUUUGAAAUGACGAGCAGCUAAUUUUUAUUUCAUUCUGUAUGUGAAAUCUGCUGCCUCGACCAAAGUGCACUUCUUCUUGGGUCAGAGGGCUACUGGGCAUUGUUUUCACUUUUUCAUAUAUAGGCUAAAGAACGAUUGCAUGCCAAACUACGCUAAGGCUGGUGUAAACUAUGAAUGUGCAAUUUCUCCUUUGUUUAAAAUUGCCAACACUUUGGAUAAAAGCCUCUGCCAAAUGUGAACUGUAACGCAUCUGCCAAUGUUUUUGAAGACCAAAUGUCAGGUAUUGUGAGAAAUGCGUGCACAAUAUUUUUAAACUUAGUGCUGAUUGGGGAAAAAGGUAAAUGAACAGUGGCUGAGGAUGUUUCCAUUAUGCUACUGAAUUUUGAAACGAUGAAGAAAUAAAGGAAGUCAAACUUUGGUAUUGGGAAACUGAACUUCAUUGCACAGUGUGGUUGUGUGGUAUAGUUCUGUUGUUUA